AUGAACGCUAGCGGAAUGAGAAACGUGAGUCAUUCUUAAUGUAUAAACACACAAUGAUGUUGGGUGGAGUUAAGAUUUGAGAGUAUGAAAAGCCGAUGCUUUCUUUUGAACUAAGAGAUUUCUCUUUGAGAUAUGAUUUGCUAGGAUUUACUUUCAUCAUCUUUCGCCCAGCUUUCGUGAUGUGAUUUGAGGGCAUUAUCAUCAAUCUAAUUGAGUGUGCCAUGUCGUUGAUGUGUUGGGUUUUCAACACGAUUUAAUCGUCCCAAAUGGCACCCUAUUCCCUUUAUAGUGCACUACCCAUAAGGGAAUAGGUUGUCAUUUGGGACAGAACCUCUCUUAACAGAAGGCAGACACAUAUGUUUUUCCUACUGGCUGUCUUUUUCUUUCCUUGCGUGUUGUUCUAUAUCUCCUUCCACUUGAAGUAUAGCCUACAGCCCAAGGCAGGCAGUGUUUCCCAUACGCCUAAAUCCUCCUUGGUUGUGAUUAAGACUUGGUUCUGGCUAGAAAAAUAGUUUUUAUUAAUUUGGAGGGCCUAAAAAAAAGGCCCAAAGCUUUCAAGUUGGUUUGCCUGGUACCCGUUGCAUGAAAAUGGUUUAGGAACCAGUAUCCUAAGAGAACUGGAGAAAGUCAGAACCCUAACCAUUCUCAUCCAUCUCAAUUCACACUGAAUAGCCGCCCCCACCUCCUCCCCUCCUCCUCCCCCUCCCCUCCUCCCCCAGCCAUCAUGAUUGUGACCUCCUUUGAAAGUUCAUGCACUGCAUUUAUGAAGUGAGCCCAGGUGUUUUUUCAUCCAGAGCAAAGAUCAGCUUUCACAUGGAUCAGGUGUCCAUUGUGAUGGUUAGCAAUUUGCUCUGGCACUCUGCAGAGUGUUGCAGCUGUAAGCAGUACAAGAAGGGAAGGGGCCUCCGCUCCAAUCUGUUCUCUACCUUGGACUAUGUCCAAAAUGCACCUUAUUCCCUUCAUAGUGCACUACUUUUGACCUGGGGCCUGGUCAAAAGUAGUGCACUAUAUAGGGAAUAUGGUGCCAUUUGGGGUGCUGCCUUGGGCUGUUAAACUGGCAGCUCUAAGAAGAAACCAUCACGCGCCAAAUGUAAUCUAAUCUUGGAGGGAGUUCAUCAUGUUAAAUGGUGCUUUUCUUUUUCUCUUAUACUACUCAGGUGUUUCUCCACCGGCUCAACCAGUAUGCAGCCACGAAGAUUGACAAGAACAUCACAGAGGAAACCGUUAAGGUGAGUCUUUAUUAGUGUAGUCUAGUAAUUACAUCAUAAUUACUUAAUCUAGUAGUUACUUAAUGACUGUGUAAUCAAGAUCUGUGUAAACAUGUGAGUGGAAUGUCAGAAGAAUGAGUCCUUUUAGCUGCGUGGUUGAGUAUAAACCUUGUUUUCAUAACGUAAUCCAAUAAAAGACCGGAAAUUACAGCCGGAAUCCAAAUAAAACUCAACGUUUCUUGUUUGAAGGACUCUUUCAACCCAAAAUGGACGUUUCUUCUGAAUGAAUAAAAAAAUAGCUGCUAAGGCCUAGGCAUAUACAGGAAGCAGCUGUAAAUAUAAUCUAUUUAUAUAAAUGAUUCUGGCUGCGUGAGGGAGUGGGACAAUAAAGGAUGCUUCGUCGCUGUUGGGAGGGUCCUUGGCUGUCUGGUUGUGUCCCAAAUGGCAUCCUAUUCCCUAGGUAGUGCACUACUUUUGGCCAGAACCUAUAUGGGUGCAGGAAUCUGGUCAGAAGUAUUGCACUUAGGGUUGCAAAGCUACUGGUAGUUUACCAAAGUUACAGGAAUUUUCAGUAAUUUUGUUAAUUAACAGAUAACCUAUGGCAAUCUAUCCUAACUUUGGUAAUUUAUUCUUGAAUACAUUUUUUAAAAUGUACAGUGAGGGAAAAAAGUAUUUGAUCCUCUGCUGAUUUUGUACGUUUGCCCACUGACAAAGACAUGGUCAGUCUAUAAUUUUAAUGGUAGGUUUAUUUGAACAGUGAGAGACAGAAUAACAACAAACACAUCCAGAAAAACGCAUGUCAAAAAUGUUAUAAAUUGAUUUGCAUUUUAAUGAGGGAAAUAAGUAUUUGAUCCCUCUGCAAAACAUGACUUAGUACUUGGUGGCAAAACCCUUGUUGGCAAUCACAGAGGUCAGACGUUUCUUGUAGUUGGCCACCAGGCUUGCACAUAUCUCAGGAGGGAUUUUGUUCCACACCUCUUUGCAGAUCUUCUCCAAGUCAUUAAGGUUUCGAGGCUGACGUUUGGCAACUCAAACUUUCAGCUCCCUCCACAGAUUUUCUAUGGGAUUGAGGUCUGGAGACUGGCUAGGCCACUCCAGGACCUUAAUGUGCUUCUUCUUGAGCCACUCCUUUGUUGCCUUGGCCGUGUGUUUUGGGUCAUUGUCAUGCUGGAAUACCCAUUCACGACCCAUUUUCAAUGCCCUGGCUGAGGGAAGGAGGUUCUCACCCAAGAUUUGACGGUACAUGGCCCCGUCCAUCGUCCCUUUGAUGCGGUGAAGUUGUCCUGUCCCCUUAGCAGAAAACCCCCCCCAAAGCAUAAUGUUUCCACCUCCAUGUUUGACGGUGGGUUGGUGUUCUUGGGGUCAUAGGCAGCAUUCCUCCUCCUCCAAACACGGCGAGUUGAGUUGAUGCCAAAGAGCUCAAUUUUGGUCUCAUCUGACCACAACACUUUCACCCAGUUCUCCUCUGAAUCAUUCAGAUGUUCAUUGGCAAACUUCAGACGGCCCUGUAUAUGUGCUUUCUUGAGCAGGGGGACCUUGCGGGCGCUGCAGGAUUUCAGUCCUUCACGGCGUAGUGUGUUACCAAUUGUUUUCUUGGUGACUAUGGUCCCAGCUGCCUUGAGAUCAUUGACAAGAUCCUCCCGUGUAGUUCUGGGCUGAUUCCUCACCGUUCUCAUGAUCAUUGCAACUCCACAAGGUGAGAUCUUGCAUGGAGCCCCAGGCCGAGGGAGAUUGACAGUUAUUUUGUGUUUCUUCCAUUUGUGAAUAAUCGCACCAACUGUUGUCACCUUCUCACCAAGCUGCUUGGCGAUGGUCUUGUAGCCCAUUCCAGCCUUGUGUAGGUCUACAAUCUUGUCCCUGACAUCCUUGGAGAGUUCUUUGGUCUUGGCCAUGGUGGAGAGUUUGGAAUCUGAUUGAAGAGUGUGUCCCUUUAAGAGUGUGCUCCUAAUCUCAGCUCGUUACCUGUAUAAAAGACACCUGGGAGCCAGAAAUCUUUCUGAUUGAGAGGGGGUCAAAUACUUAUUUCCCUCAUUAAAAUGCAAAUCAAUUUAUAACAUUUUGACAUGCGUUUUUUUCUGGAUUUUUUGUUGUUAUUCUGUCUCUCACUGUUCAAAUAAACCUACCAUUAAAUUAUAGACAGAUCAUUUCUUUGUCAGUGGGAAAACGUACAAAAUCAGCAGGGGAUCAAAUACUUUUUUCCCUCACUGUAUUAAUAUAUAGUAUUCAUUUUUUAUAUCUGUCUCCUUAUUGUCCAUGAGUUUCUACUAGAUAGACCAUAUGGUUCAAGAGAAAAUAGCCUAAUUAAUGAAAAAAUAACCUAAUCAACAAUGCCAUUAUUUUCAAUUAACUCUGCAACUCGUCCAGCUAUUUUUUUCACAACUGCCACCAGUUUCACACCAAAACAUUGUCAACAAAUACAUACUGACAUAGUCAAAUGAAUAGGUGUGUAAAAAAAUAUAAAGGAUAUUUCAUGCUGAAACCCUCAUAUUAAGCACCAAUGAUAUUCACUACGUUGAUGGUUUAUAUUUAGGAUAAUGUUUUACAGCUUUGUCAUUCAAAUUUUUUUAAUUAUUGAAUUAUUUCAUAUAUUUUAGAUAUGAUAAGGCCACACAGAGGGCCAGAGAUAAAUACAGACACCAGUGAUAAUAUGAAGUACCCAAAAGGGCCACUAGAUGUCUUGUGAUAGAUUACAUAAAAUCCUUGAAAGAUACCAACAUUCUGGUAGUUUACUGAAGUUAGAACGUUUACCCUCCCUUUGCAACCCUAAGUGCACUAUAUAGGGAAUAUGAUGCCAUUUAGGGGCAGACUCCACUCUGUGGGCUUUGCUUAUUCUGGAAGUUAAACAUGCAUUGGCGGAGGAGCGGUCUACGUGUUCCUGUGUCCUGUGUUUUGGAACACGUUGUGAGAACACUGGGUGGAGGGGAGGAGUCUGGCGGAACGGGGGAACAAGGUCAGACGGAGGUCAGGGUUCUAGAAUGUCUUGGUUGUUGCUAACAAACAGCUGUCCCGCUCCAAUCCACCACAGAACCUUACUGUACUGGAACACUUCAGAGUGCAGAAGAUACAGAACAGAUACAGAUAUGAUUCCAUAUACUGCUUGAUGUAAGAAUCAUGUCAGUUACACAUUUUCAAUUUAGGUCUCUUGGGCGUUGUAUAUUGUCGCACCCACGGAGUGCAUAGUCCUCUGCUCUCUCAAGUUAUGGCAGUCCACCACAGGCACUAUAGGCCCCCCUCGCCAUCCACAAUCAGACCAUUAUUUUGUGCUUAAGCAUUGCCACAUAACAAUAAAAUCAAUUUAAAAAACUAUCCCACAUAAAGGCUAAAUUCAGCGUUCCAUAUGACAGAGCAUAUAAAAUGUCUCUCCAUUAAAAAUGUCUCUCUUUACAGUGUUUUCACAAAUGCUAAUUUCCUCUCAACUCUAGAAUUAUAAGAUGAAGUCAAGUCUGGAACUAUAAUGCCUCUUUCAAAUAAACCUCAUCCGUUGUUCUGUGACUUCUGUCUCCCUCCGAUCCCCAGACAAAUGCGCUCUCUCUCUCUCUGUCUCGCUCUCUCAUCUAUAGUGCCCCAAAAUAUUAAAACAUUUGAUUUUCCCGUAUUGUCUUGACUAGUGAACUCAAAAUAAUGGGUAUUUAUGGUCAAAACGUCACCACAUUGUUCUCUUCUCUACCAUGUUCCUCAGCAGAUAGCUGAUCAUGAUGGCAGGAUACUGAUCAAAGGAUACUGUAUGUGUUGAACUAUUGGGACACACUCCUUGUCCUUACUUGGCUAGUUUUUCUUGUCCUAAUGUUUCCAUGUUUACUUGGUUAGGUUUUGUCAAAUGUUUUGUUAUGUGUACCCCCUCCAGAUGUUAGUGUAUUCUGUCCUCUGGUGUUACAGUGUAUUCUGUCCCCCUCUAGGUGCUGUUCUCCAACCUGGAGGAAAUCCUGUCUGUGCAUCGUGACUUCCUGUCCAUGGUAGAAGAGCUGCUGCAGCCAGACCCCCACGCUUACCACGAAGUGGGCCGCUGCUUCCUGCACUUUGUGAGUCUCACA